AUGGGGAGCGACAAUGUCUUCAGCGUCACGGCAAUGUUUGUGAUGUUCAGAGAGUGUAUGGAGGCGGCGGUCAUUCUAGCGGUGCUGUUGCAGUACGUGACCAAGACGGGGAAGCUGCACCUGAGGAAACAAGUCUGGCUGGGCGCCGGAUUGGGCUUCCUCCUCUCGCUCGUCUUCGCCGUGGUUUUCAUCAUCAUAUACUACACGCUUGACCACGAAGUGUUCACUGGGAAAGGAGAGGCCAUCUUUGAAGGCAUCGUAUGUAUCAUUGCCUCGGUAAUGAUCACAGUCCUGGCCUUUGGUAUGCUUAAGAUGAUGGAGCUGCAGAAGAAGUGGGACCGGAAGCUCAAGGCCGCAACGCUAGAGGUCGUGGAGACCGGCAAAAGGAAGUUCGUGGUCACAUACGCGCUCUUCAUCAUUGCCUUCACAGCGGUCCUCCGGGAGGGCAUCGAGUCGGUGCUCUUUCUGGCUGGGGUGGGGGUCAACACGCCCUGGCGAGCCAUCCCCCUGGGAGGAGCUGUGGGGGCCGUUCUGGGAGUGUGCCUGGGUUACGUGCUCUUUUUCGGGUUGAAGCCCGUACAGUUGAGGUGGUUCUUCUACAUCUCGACGGUCAUCCUGCUGUUCAUAGCCGCCGGCUUGUUCAUGAGUGGGUUUGGGGAAUUUCAGGAGGCCGGGGCAUUUGGCUACUCCGCAGAAGAAGACGAAGAUGACGACGGGGGCAGCGAGGAUAACGCAAUUGCGCCGGGUCCCUCCCCAGUGGAAGAGGAAGACCGGUUCGUACCGUGGCAGAACCGGCCGCUGUGGAACAUCUGCAAGUGUUGUGACGAUGAGGACCAAGGCUUCUUCGAGUUGGCCAGAGCACUAGUGGGCUACGUCUGCGAUCCGACCAUCAUCCAAGUGGUCGCAUACAUCGCCUACUGGCUGCUGGUUCUCGUAAUCGUCGCCGUCAAAGUGAAGCGGGGCACUCUGAACAAGUACAAGUUCGAAGACGAGGGCCUCGAGAAGGACGUCGGGGCGGCUGACGUGGCGGCUGACGUCACGAAGGGCGACUUGGAGGCGGCUCCUGCCGGCGCACUCAAAGCUUAG